CGAGUGAGAUCAACUGAAGCGAGCUGAAGAGACUGAUGAAACUUUCCUCCCCCCCUCUGGAACUAGCCCUUCCAAGCUCUACCUGUCCGAGACGGACCCGUCAGCGACAUUCUUCCUCUGGUGCAAAUGGCCAACUUACACGAGAAAGCUUGAACCUUCUCCACAUGUCAUGAGAGCUUUCAGCUUCAGUACCUUUGCGCUUUACCCUUAGUGAUCUAGUCUUCGGAUGUCUCGUCUCAAUAUUCCAUCGUCACCAGCUGAGGGGGAGGUUAAUACGGUAAUAGUCGCCUUUUUUCUCUUUUCAUGUGUGCGGGUACGCCUCGAAAAAACGCCAUCGACGACUAAAGCCAACGUCCCCUCUGUGCUGACCUGUGAACACCGUCACUCUAACAAUGCCAAUCGUUUUUGGAUACUGUGGUAAGCAAAUAGUGUACUUGAUGAUCAACAUGAUGCUUAUAUGCUUGGUUGCUCAAAGCCAUUGUAACUAUAUCCUAGACAGCAUCAUGUUGGGCAGACAGACAUGAACAAAAGGCCCUCGUUCAGAUAACCCCAGGAACCUUGUCUGUGAAGGACAAGCAAUCACAAAGAAAGGCUAUCCCCGUAGCGUAACCCGAGUUACAUCUCUCUCCCGGGAGUAUCAAUAUCAGAGUCAGACUCCAUUCCGUGUCGCCUGUGCCGUCCCCUACCUUACCUUAGGUACCCUGCCGAUGUGAUGCCCACCCUCGAUGAGAGCUGGGAUGCAAAUGCGGCUACUACACUCAGGGACGACGCCACUUGGACUGUUUGGUCUGAGGUGUGGUUCGAUUGAGGAUAUCAUUGCUCGGAAGUUAUGCCCUUCCCUCCUGCUCUUUCUUGCUCUCCUCGAUAUAAAAUCCCCGAGUACGCCAUGGGAGAAACUCUCUUUUGUCAGGUCCCUUAGCAUCAGUAUCCAUCUCAUCUCUUCUCAUCUCACCAUUCCUGAGCAUCCUACUCCUCUCCCUUCCCAACCAUACACACAUCACCAAAACCACUUGGAAAUCAAGUCACAAUGGUUCAAUUCACUCGUGCCGACUCGGGCAUGUCUGGCUUGCCCACUGAGGAAGCCGUAGCGGAUCGCAGAGCAGGCAGUCCCAUCCCCAACCGCGUGAGAAACGCCAUCGUCAUCGUCCUCGGGGAAUUCUGCGGAACCUUCAUGUUUCUUCUUCUCUCUUUCAUCGGUGCCCAAACUGCCCUCGUUACCAAUAACCCUACCAAUUCUACUGCCCCCUUGGAGCCCUUCUCGUUGAUGUACAUUGCUGCUUCUUUCGGUACCGCUCUCGCCGUCAAUGUCUGGAUCUUCUAUCGUGUUAGUGGUGGCAUGUUCAACCCGGCUGUAACUCUUGGUCUGGUCCUCGUCGGUGCUGUACCACCUCUUCAUGCCCUUGCUAUUAUUCCUACACAACUCGUUGCCGCUAUCGCCGCCGCGGGAGUUACCGACGGUCUCAUCCCCGGACCUCUCCUCGUCACAAAUUCUCUCGGCAAUGGUACGAGCAUUGCUCAGGGUGUUUUCCUGGAGAUGUUCCUCACUGCCCAACUUGUCUUGACUGUUUACUUCCUUGCCGUUGAGAAGCACCGCAGCACACAUCUUGCCCCCGUCGGUAUUGGCAUCUCUGUCUUCAUCGCCCACAUCUGUCUGACAAACUGGACUGGCACAUCCAUCAACCCUGCUCGAUCCCUUGGCCCUUCAGUUAUCGCUGGUUUCCAUGGAUAUGAUUGGAUCUACUACCUCGGUCCCUUCAUGGGCUCUUUCCUGGCCUUCGGCUGCUACAAGAUCUUUAAGGUGCUCGAGUAUCAGACCGCCAAUCCUGGCCAGGACGAUGAUGAUUUGGAGAGGGGUAGCAAGCAUCACUUCUUCGGCCAUCACGAGAAGGAGCCCAUCUCUCACUCCCAGACCGACACUCUUGAGCCCAAGGACCAUGGUGUUGCCCCACGAAACGAUAGCGUCAUCGAUGGUCAGAUGAGCAAUGCCUAAGUUGUUCCCGGCGAUCGGGGCUGCUCAAACCACAUGUCCAGCACUGGCUGUAUGACAGUGUGAGCAGUACAAGAUUAUGAGUUCCGUUACAUUCUGUCAUGGUACAGCGGGCUCUGACACAAGGCUGGAUCUAUGUGUUGAACCAUUCACUACUACAUCGAGUCAGUGUAUGUAGCACGACGAUGAAUUUCUAAUGGGUGUUUUUGGGAAAGGAAUGGAGGGGAAAUUGGAGUAUACGAGGAGGAUGCAUGAUUAAACGAGGACUUCUAGCAUGAGUUUCGGAGUACAUACAGUUUCAAUAAUACAUCUGGGCUUCCUAAGUGUAGUGUAGCUCAGUUACCCCGAUUAUCUUGAAAGUCGUUCCACUCGUCGUCGUCGUCCUUGGUCGUCAAUCCCAUGGUCUCUUCCUCCUCAGGGCUUCUAAGAUUCUUUACCCGCAUACAAGCCUGGAAACCAACAAAAGCUGCCCAAAACGGCAGUGGGAUAAAGGUUAUAAUACCCCCGAUGUAAACAAUAUAAACAACAAACCCAAGGUAUGAUUGUAUGAAUACCAGAGUUCUGUUGAUGGGUCCUCUACCUGAACCAAUGAGGUCUGUGAAGACCAGGCCGGCAACCAUUAAAACGCCAAAGACCCAGAGGAUACUCAAGACUGGGAGAACCAUAGCCCAAUCUCUCGUUUCAUAGAAGAACCGGUGGAAACGUUUGGUCCAUGGUGCUAGAAUGGGUAUGCGGGAGGCUGUGGUGAAAAGGAGAAACAGCUCAAAUGUGAAUGGGAGAAGCAAAAGAAGGAGGCGGGAGGAGAAUGAGUCCACGAGAAGCUGGUAUGUUUCUGCGAUUAAGAGGAAGCCAAAUUGGAACGACCAUAGGCCAUAGACCGCGGUCUUGAAGAGAGAUCUUUCGGUUGACAUUGUGUGCUUAUUUUGCGAUGAAGUUGAGAGGUUGUUAAUUUGAAGUUGACGCAGGGGUAAAGAGUGCUGAUCACUGAUUACUGUGCCCCGCUGUGCCGCUCGAUGGAUGAUCCUUGUUGCAGAUAUGGAAAUAGCACGGCAACAAGCGCCGUUAGUGAUAGACAUUCCAUGAGAAUAAUUCUGAUCACUCUAUAGUUCAAGAUUGGCAUUAUGCUAUUAGUCUCAGUACUUUGGGAUCUUUAGAAGAAUAGCGAAAGUUGAGGGAAAAGUCUUUGACCGCUCACAACAUCUCAGCUGCAGAGACGCAUCAAGUGCAUUUAAGUCCCACCUACACAACCAAUUAAUAGUUUAUCAAGUUAAGAAGAGUCAGUUCUAUGAUGCACAGAAUUGUUCUCGAGUGCUUGGCUCAAUGUUUUAGAGCUUGUUGGCCAAGUUAUGUGAUGUGACAGUUUCGCAUAUGUAUGCAUCGAUGCUCAUGUAAAAGAUCACAUGCAGUGCUUGGCGGCCAGGACAUACAUAGAAGUUGUGUUAGUGAGAGGCACCAUAUCAACUGAGAAGAUGCAUGUGCAACUAUAACUGCAGGUGUGACAGUUAGAGGUCAGAAUAUAGGAGCAGUUGUCCCGAGUCUGGACGGAUAUUGUAGAUGUAACAAUGUUAGGCUGUGACAUGGGAGAGCAAUCAGGUGAUAUGUAUUCAUCAGAGGGCACGGUUCUUUGUGAUGUAACGCCAGGUUAGGCUCGAAUUGACUCUAUAGCUUUGGAGUCAUGAGAUCUGGUUGUAACUAGAGCAUCCACUGCACCGGGCAUCGAUGCUUCUCUUCCGCCGCAAAGUGGAUAAUAUCGGGUCCGUUCGACCGAGGUUGUCAAUUAUGGUCUGGAGGAAAGGAUACUUGAUGUAGAUGAAGCAACAUUGAAUGAGAUAAUAAUUAGUGAUUGAAAAGGAAUUGAAUGAGUAGCGAGACAAUAAGCAAGGUAUUCAGUGCUCCAUAUAUACCGAGAUAAUGCUU